AUGGGGUUUGAUGGGAGAUGGGUCAAUUUGGUGAUGAAGCUUGUUUCCUCGGUUAAAUACUCCUUCGUAAUAAAUGGGGAGAGUAAGGUAGCAAAGGGAGACAUUCAUGGUGUUAAAGCUAGCCGAAGAGGUCCAGAAAUUUCUCACCUUCUUUUUGCAGACGACAGUCUCCUUUUUACUAGGGCAAACCGGCGGGAAUGCUCACACAUUGUUGAUAUUCUCAACCAGUAUGAAGCAACAUCCGGGCAAAAAAUCAACUAUGAAAAAUCGGAAGUGUCCUUCAGUAAAGGGAUUAGAACUGAGCAAAAAGAAGAAAUUUUGGGAAUCCUGAAAAUGAAGCAGGUGGAACGUCAUGAAAAAUACCUUGGUAUACAGAGUAUUUUGGGGAGGUCUAAACGGGGGGUAUUCGAAGCUUUGCUGGAUAGAGUAUGGAAGAAGUUGCAAGGUUGGAAAGAGAAGUUGUUGUCCCAAGCCGGAAAAGAAAUUCUUUUGAAGGCGGUAAUUCAGGCGAUUCCGACUUAUCUCAUGGGGGUUUACAAAUUUCCCUCGGAGACUUCUUGGGGUCUUUCCUUGGUUAUGGUGGCAGCUACUCGUGGAGAAGUAUAUGGGGGGUCAAAGGCACUCGUGAAAGAAGGGGUGUUAUGGAGGGUGGGCAAUGGAGAUUGCAUCAAUAUAUGGACCGACCCAUGGCUUUGUGAUGACGAGAGCAGGUUUGCAACUAGCGCCCCUUCGAUGGAGCUAACUAAAGUCAGUAAGCUAAUAAAUUUUGAAACCAUGGCAUGGGACUACGAAACUCUGCAAGCACACUUCAAUGAAAGAGACUUAAGGAGCAUCCUUGCGAUCCCUCUAAGUCCCAAGAGUCCACCUGAUGAACUGAUAUGGGCUUUCUCAAAGAACGUCAUGUACAAUGUGAAGACAGCCUACAUGUCGGGAAAGGGUUGCGAUCUUGACGAUUUCCAGUAA